AUGCCCGAGUCGAAACCGAGCUCCGCUCCGAGCUCAAAGCCUUCCUCCAUCAAAUCUUCUGAUGGCGUAAAACGGUCUCCCGGCCUUCGGCCUCAGGACGCCGAAAGCCCUUCACCCGCCGGCAGCGACUAUGGCAAGCCUGUGGAGAAGUCUUCUGUCAAAGAUCGCUUCACUCGCAUGUUCUCCUCCAAAGAACCGUCCCGGGCUGCUACCCCUAACCCCUCCACCAACGGCGCUGCCAACGGCAUCAGUGACGCUUCUGGCCGUCCCCGCGGCUCCUCCGUCAAUAGCACCUCGGCUUCCAAAGCCGUCAAGGACGCCGCCGCAGCUGAUAAGCCUGCCGAUAAAGACAAAUCCGCCCAGGCCCAGGGGAAACCAGCCGCUCCUAAAGAAGGCAGUUCCCGUUUCAUAUCCAAUUCUGACGUCCAAGGCGCUCACGAGCAUUAUCUCAAGUCUAGUCGCCGUCAAGAGAAGCUCUCUGACAUGUGGCGCAGUCUCAUUGGCAAAAAGGCCGAGCCUACGCCGGACAGCGAUCUCUCUCUCGUCUCCAAUUGGGUCGACUCUCUCCGCCAGGAAAAGGAAGAUGCUGCCAACGGUGCCAAGAUUAGUCCCCACACCACGUCUACAACUCUCGUCGAGAAGUACGGCAAGUGCCAGGAGAUUGUUGGCCGCGGCGCCUUUGGUAUUGUCCGCAUAUCUCACAAAAAGCUCGGUGCCGGUGAGAAGCUCUUUGCUGUCAAGGAGUUCCGCCGCCGGCCCGAGGAAACUGAGAAAAAGUACAGCAAACGUCUCACGGCCGAAUUCUGCAUUUCUUCUUCGCUCCGUCACCCCAAUGUCAUCCACACCCUGGACCUCCUCAAGGAUGCCAAGGGUGACUAUUGUGAAGUAAUGGAAUUUUGCGCUGGAGGCGAUCUCUACACACUUAUCCUCUCUAGUGGCAAGCUCGAGGUCCAGGAAGCCGACUGCUUUUUCAAGCAGAUGAUGAGGGGAGUCGAAUACCUUCACGAGAUGGGUGUAGCCCACCGUGAUCUCAAACCCGAGAACCUGCUCCUCACUACCCGCGGCGCGCUCAAAAUUACCGACUUUGGCAAUGGCGAGUGCUUCCGCAUGGCCUGGGAGACCGACGCCCAUAUGGUUUCGGGCCUCUGCGGCUCCGCGCCUUACAUUGCCCCCGAAGAAUACACCGACAAGGAAUUCGACGCCCGCGCUGUCGAUGUCUGGGGCUGUGGUGUCAUCUACAUGGCCAUGCGUACUGGCCGCCAUCUCUGGCGCGUUGCCAAAAAGGACGACGACGAAUUUUACGCCCGCUAUCUCGAGGGUCGUCGCGACGAAGAUGGCUACGGACCUAUUGAGUCUCUUCAUCGGGCUCGCUGUCGAAACGUCAUCUACUCUGUCCUCGACCCUCAUCCCACAAGGCGCCUGACAGCCGCGCAGGUGCUCAAGUCUGAGUGGGUGCGCGAGGUAAAACUUUGCAAGGCUGGCGAAGAGGGUCUCUAA